AUGCGUCAUGCACCACCGAUCGAUCCCAGUAAUAGUUUCGAGGACCGAGAAAAUUUAAUCCUCGGCCUCGGUUUACCCAUGGAAGUCGACGUCAGCCUGAUUAUCGGAUAUGUGGUGAAAUUUAAUUACGUCCUGCCCUAUAACGCCUCCUACUUCACGGAGCCAUACGUUCGCUAUGACAGAUCGAUCAGCACCGGUGUCGAGGCCAAUGAGAACGACGAACCGGAGCCUGAUAACCAAGCACGUGUCAUUACCAGAUGGGAAAUAUACGAAAUCCUCGAGUCGAUUCUAGCUGGUGACUCCCAGUCAGGCAAGGCAUGCCUUUUGAAGGCCAUUUGCGAAGCUUCCACGACGCCCUUUCAUGGUGUUCAUGGUCUCACCUCUCAGCUGAUUCAUCUUCUCCUCAC